AUGGAGAUACAACCCAAGAAAUCCCCCAUCCCACCCACCCCGCCUCGGCAGAUCAAAGAAAAUACAAGAAGAAGAAGGAGAAGAACAUCAUGUUUCACUACAAAGAGGAAAAAGAAGCAAAGAAGGAAGCAUUCAGGAAGUACUUAGAAUCCAGUGGAGUUCUUGAUGCCCUCACCAAAGUUCUGGUUGCUUUGUAUGAGCAGAAUGAGAAGCCUUCCUCUGCACUUGAGUUUGUUCAACAAAAGUUAGGGGGUCCAUCUGUGUCUGAUUACGAAAAGCUACAGGCUGAAUUGUCCGAGUUGCAGAAAAAGUAUAGCACACUUUCAGCAGCAUACCAAGAAACAUGCACUGAGCUAGAGGGACUUAAGAGCUCACAAUUACUUAACGUGGCCUCGCUUUCUAUCAAAGACAAAGAGACCGCAGGCGAGGAGGCCCUAAAGGAGAAAAUCUAGAAGUGCGGUAGAUGAUUGUGUAAAUUGCUAAGCUACGCAAAACCUUUUCGUGUGAAUAUAUCAAACAUGUGACAGGAGCCAUGGUUUCCUGGCUGUAGUAUCUACAAUACACGCCAGAACUUCGUACUCUCUGUGUAUGUGCUCGCGUUAACUUGUGUUUGUGUCAUCUCUUUCAUCAUUGUAUGUGUUUGGUGUGAGUUCUAUGUAACUGAUUCCCAUGAGAUAUCUUCAAAUUUUAAUGUCAUUUGAUA